AUCAUGCCACACGCCUAUAGCUGGAUCCCCAGUCCAUCAUACUGUACUUGUGUAUGCUCUAGGGACUUGGCACGAUGUCCGCAGUUUCGCCAUACAAGUUCAUUCAUCACGUUCAGCUCACAAUCACUUCCACGUGUCACAACCCAGGCAAUGCUCUACUCAUCCUCUGUCCAUCCUGCUACCCUGCACGUUGAAUCAAUGCUCACAUCAAGGAUGUCGGAUGCACCUGAUGGACACAGAAAGCCAUCAUCACUGCCGUACCUACACAGGUAGGAAACAACAUCGAGUCAACUGACAUCCUUGUCUGGUCGCUACACUGCCUACAGUAUGGCUCUAGCAAUGCCUCGUCAAACGAGAAUCAGGCCUAGGGUUGAAUCCCACUCCCCACCUCAGCUUACUAGUUGCUAACCGGAGAACUGAACUGCUGACCGUGGCAGCAAAACAGCGCAGGCCGGUGCAGUCAAGUGCCUUGUAUUUAUUGUGUUUGCUCGUUCACCGCAAGUGCCCCCAAAGAAGUCACGCUCCAACCUUCCAAGUCACUGGCAGCUUGAGCCGCUCUCCUCCUUGACCUUCGACCGCCAUGUUUCCCGCCAACUUCCUCCAGACCAUCCUCCACGCCUUGAUCUUCUCUCCCACACAAUCCUCCGAUCCACAGACCGACAAGAUGCUGGCAACGCCUUCUCUCCAAGUGGCUGCCUCUCUCGGCGCCAUCCUGAGCUCCGUGGCUGCGACGGCAACACCCACACCCGCCUCCUGCGGCUUAUUGGUGGACGCGGCGCCCAGAACGCCUCAACCGUAUGUGCUGCCGAAUCUGCAGGGCCACGCCGUAGAUUUCGGCGGCUUGAUUAUCCGAACGCUGGUCCCAAACACCACGUCGUCGGGCGCCUUUUCGCUGGUUGGUGUCAACUCAGGCCCAGCACCUCUCAACCUCAUCCACUACCACAAAGAGAUCGAGGCCUUCUACACCCUCAAGGGCAGUGUGCAGGUCUUUCACAAUGCUGACACCGGUCGCGAGCUGCGUGCCAAUGACUUUGUGUUCCUGGCCCCGGGCAACAACCAUACCUAUCGUCCCAAUGACCUCGACUUCCAGCUCACCCUAGGAAUGGCCCCCGGGGGGAUUGACCAGUUCUUUACUGCUGCUGGUCUCCCUUACAAUUCCACCGCCCCGUUCGACCCGCAAGAUGCCUCGCAGCUCAACGUGACCAAAGUCUUGGGCCUGAUGCCUCAAUACAACAUUGUCCCCGAGCCAUUCAACACUAUCAACCUAGAUUGGACCAAUGGAACUACGGCAGAUGGCUUGGACACCUGGCAUGUCGCCGACCAAUCUUUGCCCGACGAUCCCACAAAACCCUACUUCGUGUCCAGCAACCGCGGUCCCAAAUACCUGCAUCGGAGCUCCGGUCAGGUCAUCGCUCAGCUCGCAUCUGGCAAGCAGACCAGCAACAAGCUCAGUGUCGCCAGCAUAGCCAUCAAGCCCAACAACAAGCAGUCUCAGCUCCAAUUCGACGUCGACCAGGCGUUUCAAGUCACCGAAGGUCAGCUGCACCUCGAAAUCGGUGAUGAAAAAGCACAGUUAAUCUUUGGCGAUCUUGCUUUCAUUCCCAAAGGAACCUGUUUCAGCUAUUGGUCAUCCGUGGGCUUCACCAAAAUGGUCACCUGGGCAGCGGGCGCAGGGCUUGCCGACAGUCUGAUCUCAGAGGCUGAGGCGUGGGGGUAUGGAGUUUGGCCUGCUUAAGUCAGUUCUACGGCGCUCGUAUGUGGACAAUCCUGUGAAGAUGACAAUCGGGCGUUACCCGGACUCCGCAAAACUGUGUGCAAUAUUUGAGAUAGCGAGCAAGAACAUAUUAAUGGGAAUGGCAGCGACUUGACUGUUGUUGAUUAUCAUAUAAUUGUGUGCUCCUUUGAGAAAAAAGACAAGCUAGCACGUUCGGCGCUCUAACUUGAUCCGGAGAAAACUACGCUUGGUCUAUCGGCCAAAGUACUUCAACUCCAGAUACCUCGCGGGCGUGUACACCACAGCCGUAACCACAAAGGCAAACUCAUUGGCCACGUCACCACCG